CAAAGCUCCAGGCAGAGAGCGAGCGGUCGGCCAUACGAGCAUGACCCCGAGAAGGGCUUCACCAUGGACAUUAUGAUGAUGAUGGACAUGGAGAAGGUGAGCACGCUGCGCAACGAGUUCCUGCGGAAGGUGAAGGGUCUGUCCAUCGCCGAGUUCGUCUACGUCAUGAUGCGCUUCGUGCAGAGCAGCGCCCACACCGACGAGAACUCGCGGCUGCACGAUCUAUCCGAGUCUCAACUUGUCGCCAACCUGUGCGAGCUCUUCGCUCAGAUCGACAUCAAUGGCGACGGCUCGAUGGAGUGGGAAGAGUUCACCUCGUUCAUUGUGGACACGGGGCUCACUGUCAAGAGCCACCAGCCCAACUCCAUUCAGCAGUAUCACCACGUGCAGUGGGAAGACGCUUCCAAGCACAGCACGUUCAUCGACCACAUCUACUAUUUCCCGUCGAACGAUCUCGUGGCUCUGGUGGAAAGCUGCAGUCCGUAUUUCAAAAUCUACAACGUCAACUGCGAGCUCAUCCGCACUAUAAAGUCCCCCGAAGGAUUCGUGCAGUGCGCGGAACAUUUGCCCAAGCUGCCUACCCUCGAGUCAUUAGCUUCCGCCAGCAUGGACCGAACGAUUCGACUAUGGGACGUACACACUGGGAAGCACAAGCAGCAACUCGACGGACAUGCAAAAGGUGUGCGGUCACUUGCAUACUCGCCGGAGUACCGUUUUUUGGUGUCCGCAGGUUUUGAUUUUGAUGCUCUCGUUCUGUGUGGCGUAGAAAUCAUCCCGGACACACCGCAAAUUAUCACAGCUGACGUCGACGGGGUGUUUAAGGUCUGGGAUAUCCGCAACUUUGCGUGCAUGCAAACUUUCACGGCCGAGAAUAUGGGGGAUGUCAAGAAUAUUUUGGUCAAGUUCGACUACGAGAAGCUGGAGAAUCCCGAGCUUACUGACGACCACCCCGUUUUCAUUGCGCUGUAUAAUCCGACUUCUCUUUCGUUCAUCACUGCCGCCGGAAGGGAUGUCAAAGUCUGGGAUGCUCGCGUUGGGAAGCUGAUUCGAGUGUACAGGAAUCUGAGCUCGACGGACCUGACAACGCUGUGUCUCGAUUUUCGAGAGCGGAAGUUCAUCAUUGGAGACCACGCAGGUGGCAACAUUCAGGUCUUCGACUACCUCAACGGGUCCCACAUGAAGUCGUUCGCAUACCCAGAGCUGGGCAAUCGUGCGCACAAUGCUGAAGUAACCAAGCUGUGUUACUGCGCUGAGCACAUGGCGGUUAUCAGCGUGUCGUGGGAUUGCUCCAUCAACAUUCACGACGAAAGAGACUCGGAGCGCGGUGUGCUGCUUCGCAGGUUGAUCGGCGGGCACUCGACGGACAUCACAGCGCUCAGCUUCUCGUAUCACCUGUCUCUCCUGGCGUCGGGGUCAUCCGAUUGCUCCCUGCAAGUUUGGGACUACGAGUUCGGGCGUCUCGAUGCUACGUGCAUUGGUCACGUGAGCGGGCUGUUGUGCCUUCACUUCUUGGACCCUUUCCCGCUGCUCCUGUCUAGCGACAGCACCGGCAACCUCUGCUUUUGGGCAAUGCGUCCGUCAGCCCGAUAUAAAGGCAAGUGCGUAUUUCGCUUCCGGAACCAGCACAAUCUCUUGGGAACGGCCUCGGUCAAUUGCAUUGACACGCACUCGACCCGGCGCAGUGUACCGUCGUCCAGUGCACACGCGUACUCGAACAGUGGAGACGAUCGCUACGCUGACCCGUUGGACUUCACGUCCUUCCUGAUAAUCACAGGCGAUGACAAGGGCUUUCUGAGCGUCUGGAACGUCUUGCCACUGCUCAUGCUUCUGGCGAACAACUUCGAUCUCAAGCCGUUGGCCAAACCGGUCGAGUGCGCCAAUGCACAGCGGAACCUGCGCGUGGACGCCGCCAGUAUGGUGCGCAAGGCUCGCAACACACCGGAGUGGGCAGCCUACGCCCACCGCGACCCGCUGUCGUCCUUCUUCUUCUCGGCGGGCAUGCCACUCGUUGCCGCCGACGCCGAAGUCGACGAGGAGACCCGAUGCGAAGACGGCGAGAUGCGGCGACUACCUCCAGUAUCACUCGUACGCCGCUGGAAGGCGCACGGCGACGUCGUGUACUCAGUGCAGAUGAUCGAGGAGCCCACGAGCCUCGUGACGUCGUCCUUCGACCGACGCGUGAAGAUCUGGUCUCUCAGCGGCGAGUGUCUGGGCGUGUUGAUGCAGGGCGGACUGGACCCCUCCAGCGGCAGCAACUUGAACCCGACCACCGGACAUCCCGACGUUCCCGUGCAUCGACCAUGGCGCUUCUCCGUGGACUACGACGCCCGCGAGCGCCGCAAGGAGACGGCAGCUGCCCCCGUGGUGGAAGACGUCCACACUCUGCUGCGUCAAGACGAGCGACGGGACCUCAUCGCCGAGCGGCGGCGCACGCAGCUCCUUGCCCAGGCCGCAGCCGCCGAGGCCAGCGUGAUGGAGGAGAUCUCCCGCACGUAUCUGCCGCCGCUGCUGCCCCGUCGAGCCGGCGCCGCUGCCACGGCCAGCGCAGUGGCCGACUCAAUCUCGGCGUCUUCACUCGGGGCCGACGCGGCCUUCGUGGCGCUGCAACCGCUUCGCAAGACGCCGCGCCGCAAGCCCGUGAACGCCUCCACCGCCGGCCGAUCGGCGCUGGUGCCGAGUCCUCGCCAGCUCCGACUGCGCGGCGGCAGCAGCAACAAUAACCUCCGCCUGCCAUCACCGCGGGCGCCAAGCUGA